AUGUGCAGAUGCUUUUCGACUUUGAUUACUAAGGCUGCUAAUGGUAAUCUCAUCCAUGGGGAUAGGAUUUGCAGGAGUGCUCCCAGAGUGUCUCAUCUGUUUUUAGCCGAUGACAGUAUUCUUUUUGCCAAAGACAGUACGCUAGAAUGCUCGACUAUAGCUAACAUUAUUAGCAUAUAUGAAAGAGCUUCGAGUCAGAAUGUCAACUUAAGCAAGACUGAGGUGUUCUUUAGCAAAAAGGUAUGCUCUAGUCGAAGGCAGGAAAUUAUUGAUAUUUUGGGUGUCCGUGAGGUUGAAAGACAUGAGAAGUACCUUAGAUUGCCGACUAUUAUUGGGAGAUCGAAAAAAGCAAUAUUUGUAGGUUUGAAGGAAAGAUUAUUAAAAAAAUUGCAAUGA